GUCGGUCUGUGCGCGUCCACGUGAAAGAGUGUGUUCAGAGAAGAGCAGUGGACAUCAAGGCUCUGUUAUUCUGAUAUAAAUCUCUUAACAUGGAUUGCUCCGAAGAGAUGCAGUCACUUUCGGAUGAAACUGGCACUCCGGUGGAGUUAAAGAAGGGAAUGUCCAUAUUUUUAGAUAUCCUAAGGAGAGCUGAUAAAAAUGAUGAUGGGAAGCUGUCUUUUGAAGAGUUUAAGGCUUAUUUCUCAGAUGGAGUUCUGUCAGGAGAUGAAUUGAAGGAACUCUUCCAUAAGAUCGAUACCCAUAAUACAGACAAUGUGGACACAGAAGAGCUGUGCGAAUACUUCUCUCAGCAUCUUGGAGAAUAUGAAAAUGUUCUUGCUGCCUUAGAAGACUUGAACAUCUCUAUAUUGAAAGCUAUGGACAAGACCAAAAAGGAUUACCAGGAGGCCACGCACCUAGAGCAGUUUGUGACUCGAUUUCUGCUGAAGGAGACAACAAGCCAGCUGCAGUCUCUUCAGAGCUCAUUGGAGUGUGCCAUGGAGACCACAGCUGAACAGACACGGCAGGAAAGGCAGGCACCCCUGAAGCCUGAGGUGCUGUCAAUUCAAUGGUCAGGAAGGCGAUCCAAUCGAAGACUCCAAAGGAAUAACAGCUUGUCUCCGAACAACCCACUUCUUACUCUUGUCAAUUCAGGUGUCUAUGAAGAGGACAAUCAGUGGAUGAUCCAGAUAAACAGACUGCAGAAGCUGAUCGAUCGCCUGGAGAAGAAGGAGCUGCGUCUGGAGCCGGUAGAAGAGGAGGUCUCAGAAGGCUCCACCAAAUCGCACAUUCUGAUAGUGCAGAGACAGCUGUCCGUAAUGGAGGACGAGCUGGAGGAGUUCCGCAUGGCUCUGCGGCAGUACGUUGAUUGUGCUAGCAUCCAGACAGGCAGCCUCCAUGUUGCUGUCGAGCGGAUUGCUAACGAGACUCGCUUCAUACUCUAUGAGUUUUGGGAGCACAGCAGUUUGUGGAAGAAUCAUCUGCAGACGAACUACAGCAAAACCUUCCAGAGGGCCAACGUGGAUUUUUUGGAGACGCCGGAAAUUACGACAACUAUGCUGGUACCAGCAUCAUGGUGGGUCCUGAACAACAAUUAGAACCACAAUAAUUAACAACGAUAAAAAGGAAACAGAGAUUAUCAUUAUUAUUGUUACACUUCCUGUGUGGUGAAAAUCAUCAGACAUCCAUGCUCCAUCAUCGUUAGCUCUUUAAAAUAUAUACAUUCCUAGAUUUCUAAAGCAGUGGCCUAGUCACCAAACUAAACUAAAAAAAUAAGUUUGUGUGAGUUUUUUUGAAUCAUUACUGCAGUGGCAUAAUCAGGAAAUGAGAAAGCAGGAUAAUUCACAGCAGGUUCUGUACAGUUAAAUUGAUAAGUAUGGUUUUCUUGUGCAUUAUGGGUGAAUGUCAGACAGCAGUAGAAUUGGUGCUAUUCUAAAGUUGUCAUUCAAUUAUUUGUGGCACAAUCUAUCAUCAACCGAUCUUGCCAUGUUUAUAAUGUUAAUAGGCACAAGGAAUAAAACACCUUUAUUAGAGUUCUGCUAAAAAUCAUGAAACUGUCAUGCUAACAAGAUAACGUCUUUGCUCAUAAAACCAGACCUUCCCUUCUUUUUCUUCUCCAGCAGUACACCUUACACAACAAUUUUUCACUGGGUUUUACCUUGAUAUCUUCCAAAGCAAAUUGGAAAAAUGCAUAAUUCCAAUUGGUUAAUCCUGUUUCUUCAGGUUUCUCAACAUAGCAGUCGGUAGCAAAUGAAAUGUGAUUAAACAAACUGAUGGACGGAGUGUAAUAAAGGCUGUUAAAUAAGAAGGAAUCAUAACGAUGAAUUCAUUGACAUUUUCUGCAGAAAAUCACUGCGCAAAACUAGCUGUGAUGUAUGUCAUUGACACCAGCUAAUCGUGGCCAACAAAAAUCAUGUGCUAGCUAGGAAAUUGUAGGGUGAAUACAUGGGAGAAAAUGGGGUUAAAUAAUUCCAAACUUUUUAUUUAUUUAUUUAGAAACACUAAAUUACUUUAUUUCAUUGGAACAUAUUACUGAAAUAUACCAACAUAUAUAUUUCUUUACACAGAUACAAGUAUCACACAAGAUAUUUAUGUUCUACAGUUAAUAAUAUGAGUUUUUGGGCUAUAAGCUUUCAUUAAUAAGGCACUCAUAAAAUCCACAGUCCCAGUAGGAUCUUAGAUUGAACAGUUAAGGAUUCUGUAAUCUGCUAUUCUGAAUCAUUUUCUUUGGUGGUUAAAUUGAAAUAAAACUCCAAGGGGUUCAGAAAAGUUGCAUUUUAGCUCAAAGAUUGUUCCUGUCGAUGUGCUAAAAACUGAUUCUGAAUAAAAUGAUCACAAUGCUGGCAUUCACUGAUCAGCACCUCAUUAAUCUGUGACUCAGUGCUACAGUGACUGUGAUCUGCAAUGUCCUGUACGGUUGUAGCUAGACUGUGUAAGUGUCAGCACUGUUACAUAAGUGCUUCCUUAAGUAGCAGUACUUGUGAUCAACCCCGUUCUUCCCUCUGCAGUUUCUGUAUAAAGAUUCACUACAGUUGCUGUAUUUUAUGUAAUUUGUUCAUUGUGAAUAAAGAUA